AUGGAAUGUGUAGUUCCGUUAUGGCGGUGCUUCUGUCUCAGUCCGCCGGAGCUACGCCACCGCAUCGUUAACCACACUCGCCGCCAACUCGGUCUGUCUCUCUCCUCCUCCUCCGCAUCAGGUCUUUGGGCUCUCCCUGAUAAGAAGAAUCGAUUUCCUGCUCAGAGCCGUACGGGCUCUCUCGAGCACCUUCCUCGCUCCGUGAACUCGGCUGUGAUUGGUAACUCAGAGAAACAGCUGGAAGAAGAAGAAGAGGAGGAUGAUGAUGCAGACUGGGAGUCAGAAUUUCUUGGGGAGAUUGAUCCUUUGGAGAUUCAACCUCCAAAGAAGAGGAAAAAGCAGAAAAAUUCAAGAGCGCUUGAGGACACUGAAGGUAUGGAUUGGUGCGUGAGGGCAAGGAAGAUGGCACUUAAAUCGAUUGAGGCUAGAGGGCUGUCUUCUAGAAUGGCGGAGGUGGUGUCCGUUAAAAAGAAGAAGAAGAAGAAGAGCAAGAAAGUGCUUGCAAACAAAGACAAGGUCAAAAGUAAAAAUGUUCUUGAAGAUGAUUUUGAUACAGAUGAAGAAGAUUUGGACUUUCAAGAUCCAUCGGCGGAGGAUAAGAUGGGGGAGCUAAGGAAGAGAGUUAGCUCAUUAGCUGGUGGAAUGUUUGAGGAGAAGAAGGAGAAUAUGAGGGAGCAGUUAGUUCAGAGGCUAUCUCAAUUUUCAGGACCUUCUGAUCGUAUGAAGGAAAUCAACCUGAACAAAGCUAUAAUAGAAGCACAGACAGCUGAAGAGGUGCUUGAAGUAACAGCUGAGACAAUCAUGGCUGUUGCUAAAGGUUUAAGUCCAUCUCCGUUGUCUCCCUUAAACAUUGCUACUGCGCUCCACCGGAUUGCCAAGAACAUGGAGAAAGUUUCGAUGAUGAGAACUCGCAGGCUUGCGUUUGCUCGGCAGAGAGAGAUGUCGAUGCUUGUUGCUCUUGCAAUGACGUGCUUACCGGAGUGUUCAGCUCAAGGGAUCUCAAAUAUUUCUUGGGCGUUGUCGAAAAUCGGUGGUGAAUUGCUUUAUCUGACAGAGAUGGAUAGAGUUGCAGAGGUUGCCACAUCUAAAGUGGGAGAGUUCAAUUCUCAGAAUGUUGCUAAUAUUGCAGGAGCUUUUGCUUCCAUGCGUCAUUCUGCUCCAGAGCUCUUUGCUGAGUUGUCAAAGAGAGCGUCUACGAUUAUCAUCACUUUUAAAGGCCAAGAAAUUGCUCAACUGUUGUGGUCAUUUGCUUCGCUUUACGAGCCAGCUGAUCCUUUGCUUGAAUCUUUAGAUAUUGCUUUUAAAGGCAGUGACCAGUUUUGCUUGACGAAAGAAAUAUCAAACUAUGAUGAAGUAGCAGAUGUUGAAGUAAGCGAUGGUGCUUCAGGAUCUCCAUCACUUAGCUUUAAUAGGGACCAGCUUGGAAACAUAGCAUGGUCUUAUGCUGUUCUCGGGCAAGUGGAGCGACCUUUCUUUGCAAAUAUAUGGAAUAUGUUAACCACUUUGGAAGAGCAAAGGCUAUCAGAACAGUAUAGGGAAGAUGUCAUGUUUGCUUCUCAGGUGUAUCUUGUGAAUCAGUGCUUGAAAGUUGAGUGUCCUCACCUUCAGCUGUCACUUUGUCAUGAACUCGAAGAGAAGAUAACCCGUGCAGGGAAAACCAAAAGGUUCAAUCAGAAAAUAACCUCAUCUUUUCAGAAAGAAGUUGGACGUCUCCUGAUAAGUACAGGGCUUGAUUGGGUUAAAGAACAUGAUGUGGAUGGCUACACCGUGGAUGUUGCUCUGGUCGAAAAGAAAGUUGCUCUAGAAAUCGAUGGACCAACUCAUUUCUCAAGAAACACUGGACUACCAUUAGGCCAUACAAUGCUGAAGCGGCGAUAUGUUACUGCUGCUGGAUGGAAAGUAGUAUCAUUGUCUCUUCAAGAGUGGGAAGAACAUGAAGGCAGUCAUGAACAGCUAGAUUAUCUGAGGGAGAUUCUCGACGGCUGCUUAUAG